AUGAGCGCAUCUGGAGAAUUCACCCGUACUCAGAUUUUCGGCACCGUGUUCGAGAUCACGUCUCGUUAUACGGAUCUCAACCCCGUGGGCAUGGGUGCUUUUGGCCUCGUGUGCCUGGCGGUCGAUAAGCUCACUGGACAGAACGUGGCGGUGAAGAAGAUCAUGAAACCGUUUUCCACGUCGGUGUUGGCCAAGAGAACCUACAGAGAACUCAAGUUGUUGAAGCACUUGCGCCAUGAGAACUUGAUCACGCUCGACGAUAUCUUUUUGUCGCCGUUGGAGGACAUCUACUUUGUUACCGAGUUGCAGGGCACAGACCUCCACCGCUUGUUGACGUCCCGCCCCUUGGAGAAACAGUUCAUCCAGUACUUCACGUACCAGAUCUUGCGAGGCCUCAAGUACGUGCACUCGGCGGGCGUGAUCCACCGUGACUUGAAGCCGCUGAACAUCUUGAUCAACGAGAACUGUGACCUCAAGAUCUGCGACUUCGGCUUGGCCAGAGUCCAGGACCCCCAGAUGACCGGCUACGUGUCCACGCGGUACUACAGAGCGCCGGAGAUCAUGUUGACGUGGCAAAAGUACGACACCGAGGUGGACCUCUGGUCCGUCGGGUGCAUUUUGGCCGAGAUGAUCGAGGGCAAGCCGCUUUUCCCCGGCCGUGACCACGUCCACCAGUUCUCCAUCAUCACAGAGCUCUUGGGCUCGCCUCCGGCCGACGUGAUCGAGACCAUCUGCUCCGAAAACACCUUGCGUUUUGUCCAGUCCUUGCCCCACAGAGAUCCCAUCCCAUUCAGCGAGCGUUUUGCCCAGUGCACCCACGUUGAGCCCGACGCCAUCGACCUCUUGUCGAAAAUGCUCAUUUUCGACCCCAAGAAGCGUAUCUCGGCCGCCGACGCCUUGACCCACCAGUACAUGGAGCCCUAUCACGACCCCACCGAUGAGCCCAUCUGUGAGACCAAGUUCGACUGGAGUUUCAACGACGCAGACUUGCCUGUGGACACCUGGCGUGUGAUGAUGUACUCGGAGAUUUUGGACUUCCACCAGAUGAGCGGUGCUGGCCAGGACCCCUCCUUGCCAAACGAUGCCGCCCAAGCCCAGGCCAGCUUGAUGCAGAACGACCUGGUUGUGCGUGAGCAGCUUGAGGAGAAGGAGCAGACGUAA